AGCGCUGUCCACAGUCGCUAGCAGCUCUGGUUCCCUCCGCUUUUCGUCUUCCGUUUUCCACGACGCAUCAGUUAGAGCUGACCAGUCGAGAGAGAGAGAGAGAGAGAGAGAGAGAAGGGGGAAGGCGGUGACAGAGCUUGCUCUCCUACAGGAGGAAUACUACAAUGGUAUGCGAGAGCACUAGGCUAGGUCCACCGAAACACGGUGCUGCCGUUCUGCACGCGAGCGGCUCGUCCUGAGCGCCUGCUGGUCACGCAAAGCUCGGCGAAUUCGUCGAAGAACUCCCCCGGUGGACAUGAACAGACCGCAUGGGUUCGCAGGGUAGCAUUCGGUGAGCUGCGCGGUUGGAAUAUAUGUGGCGUUAAAAAAAGGGAGGCUUGCUGUCCAGCAACGUAUUUUGGGAGAAGAUUAGGUUAUUGAGCAGCGCUUGGUCGCGACGUUGCACGCCUCGCAUCAGCGUAUAAGGCCUCACGGUAGAAGCAGCAACGGGCCUUCUGACAUGGCGGACAACGAAGAAGGCUUCGGGCUUCAAAACUCUCCGAACGACACCCAAUCUAAGGAUUUACACGAGAGUAAAUCUGAGAAACAGAAUGGGAGCUCCAGCAAAUCUCCAUCAUCCCAGACAACUUACAUUCAACAGGGAAUGGAGGGAAUCAAGGUUUACUUACAUGAACGAGAGUUGUGGAUGAAAUUCCAUGAAGUUGGGACCGAAAUGAUCAUCACCAAAGCAGGGAGGCGAAUGUUCCCCAGCUUCAAAGUGAAGGUCACUGGACUGAACCCCAAAACGAAAUACAUUCUGCUGAUGGAUGUCGUGCCAGCGGACGACCACCGCUAUAAAUUCGCCGAUAAUAAAUGGUCAGUGACAGGGAAAGCAGAGCCAGCAAUGCCUGGCAGGCUCUACGUGCACCCGGACUCUCCAGCUACCGGAGCGCACUGGAUGCGCCAGCUUGUCUCCUUCCAGAAACUGAAACUGACCAACAAUCACCUCGACCCAUUCGGACAUAUUAUUUUGAACUCUAUGCAUAAAUACCAGCCGAGGAUCCACAUCGUGAAGGCGGAUGAAAAUAAUGGCUUCGGCUCCAAAAACACGGCGUUCUGCACCCACGUGUUCCCCGAAACGGCCUUUAUAGCGGUCACUUCUUACCAGAACCAUAAGAUUACUCAGCUGAAGAUUGAGAACAACCCGUUUGCAAAGGGCUUUCGUGGCAGUGAUGAUAUGGAACUGCAUCGCAUGUCAAGAAUGCAAAGCACUAAAGAAUAUCCAGUGGUUCCUCGAAGCACAGUGCGUCAGAGAGUGGGCACAAGUCAAAGUCCGUUCAGUGGGGACGUUCAGGGCAUGCCUACUCCCAGUGCUAUGAGCUCUCAGUACUCCUGUGAGAAUGGGGUCACCAGCACCUCCCAGGAUCUCCUGCCCCAGUCCAGCUCCUACCCGCUACCCCAUGAGCACAGUCAAGACUAUCACUGCAUAAAGAGAAAAGUUGAAGAUGACUGCCACACAGGAGAUCACUCCUACAAGAAGGCCUACAUGGAGAGCUCUUCCAGUGAAGACGACCAUUACUACCGUCCUGUCAGCUAUUCUCAGAGCCUGGGCCUCACCGGUGCCCCCUAUCGGACCGAGUCAGGACAAAGGCAGGCAUGCAUGUACGCCAGCGCUUCGCAAGCUACCGAGCCAAGCCUGGAAGACAUCAGCUGUAACACCUGGGCUGGCGUCUCGCCUUACAGCAGUUGCUCUGUGACCACCAUGCAACCAAUGGAGCGGUUGCCCUACCAGCACUUCUCUGCCCACUUCACCUCUGGACCACUGGUGUCUAGGCUGAGCGGAGUGGCGGGCCAUGCCUCACCGCAGCUAGGCGACGCCCAUGCCAUGUACCAGGGCUCAAUGCCACACCAGACUCUUGGCCGUCAGUGCAGCCCUGGAGCAGGGAUCCAGUCGCCAGGUGGCAGCCUGCAGGGGAAUGAGUACUUGUACACUCACGGCAUACCCCGCACUCUGUCCCCCCACCAGUACCAUACUGUUCACAGCGUAAGCAUCAUGCCUGAAUGGAAUGAGGGCAGCUAAUUGGAUUCUCACACAGAAGUAUGAAGUACUGUUGCGAUGCAAAUUAAUUGUAUAUUUAUAUUUCUAAGCUCUCCACCGCUCUGUGCAAUCGUGUGGCAUCGUCGAUGUAGACACAAAUGUUUUAUGCAUCAGCUCGGAAGGAAGACAAACUGGCUAAAACAGCAAUGAAUGUCUCAGCAGUGCAGCAUGUUUGCUGUACUAGAAGGCAGGAAAAAACAACAGAGAUUUUUUCUCAUAGUAUGGGCAGUAAUGAAUGAAAGUUUAUACUGUAUUCUGUAAAUCAGGG